CCGCGCAGUUUGGUUGGUGUCUCGACGAACAUUAUCACGAGCAGCCUGCUGAAGGGCACGUCCGAGUCGUCCGGCAACCACGUGUUCUCGCCCAUCGGGUUUUCCUCGAUACUGGCCAUGAUUAGUGAGGGAGCCGAAGGACAGACGCUCAAGGAGCUGUACGAUGUCUUCCGGUUUCCCACAGAUCGCGAUUUAGUUCGGAAGGCAUUUGAUGUGUCUCUGAAACGAUUGAGUGGUCAGAGCCCUACGGACGAACCACAGUUCAAAACCUGGUUCUACAUCUACAAGAACAACAGCGUUGUCCAGGCGUACAAGGACGUGCUGGAGCAGAACUACGGCGUAGAGGUGCGCGACAUCGAGCGGAAUGACUACAACUUUGACGAACCGAAAACUUCCCUCGAUCCGGUCGUGGCCGAAGAGGAAAUUCUUGAAGAGAGUAACAUUCCCGAAGGGGACAACUUGGUGACGGAGUCGGGAAGCAACAACAGCAACAGCAAAGACAUUGUAGACUUUGAGGUGCUGAAAAUCAAGUCCGCGUUGCCUGUGGAGGAUGAACUUCGGACGGACACUGGCAUCAGCACCAAGUACGACGACAUCGACGAUGAGAACCCCAAGUUUGAUAAGAACAUCGACGAUAAGGAGUAUGUCGAUCCGACCAAGAUUAAGGAAGAAAUUGCUAAGAAAAAGAUGGAGGCCAUGAAUGAGGUUGUGGCCGAUGCCGAGCUGGAUAGCGCCAAAACGAAAAAGGUACCGGAUGCGCUGGUCGAAGAAGGACAACCCGAAAAGAUGUCACUUCCGCUGAUGAAGUUGGGUGUGGACGACGAUCACGAGGUUAUGCAAGCGGUCGAAAGCCAAGGAUCCAGAAGAAAGUUCAACGUACGAAGAUCGUUCCUAACGGGCGAUAUCGCGUCGGCACUGAGCGGAAAUUCUUUGGUCGGUCGAAAGGCAAACCUCAAGGAUGAUGAAACACAGGUCAACGAAUCGAAGAUGUUGCUUUUCAACGGUCUAUACUACAGGGGUAGCUGGGCUACGCCAUUCCAGCAACUUCGCACGGAAGAGAGCACAUUCUUCACCAACACGGAUGAAAAGCCGGUUAUGAUGAUGCGAUCGCAAGGGACGUUUGGUGUUGGAAAGGACGACCAACUUGAUGCCAAAUUCUUAGAGCUACCGUACAAUAACUCGCGCUAUUCGCUGCUACUGAUGGUUCCCAACACCAAAGAUGGUCUGAAGGAGCUGAUCAAGAACUUCAACCCCGACACGCUGAGUACGGUGCAGAAGUCGUUGGUAAAGAUUCCGGUUCAAAUUUGUAUUCCAAAGUUCCGUAUUGAUACCACUAGCAGGGCGGAAAAAUCAUUGGCAAAGCUUGGUCUCAUCACCAUGUUCACAUCGAAGGCGGACCUCAGUGGCAUCACCACCGAGCAGAAGAUUCACGUCGACGAGCUGGUGCAGCACGUUUCGAUACGCGUUGACGAAGGUUCCAGCAGCGAGAAUGCCCUAUCGGCCACAAACGUAGUCGAAUCGAAAACACUUGCCGACGAGCAGGAACAAUUUCUCGCCGACAAACCGUUCCUGUUCUUCGUACGUGACAUCGUCGAUGACAUCGUGAUCGUUGCUGGCAAGAUCACGGACAUACCGUACGCCGAGUAGAAAGCGAGCCUUUUUUUCCCCCGCCGAAAUGGCAGCAUUGCCCAGCAUUCGUAGUUAUUAGCACCCUAGAUUACGGUA